AUGGGGCUGGGACUGGAGUCCAAACUGUCAAAGUCUCGAAUAUAUGCUAACCAGGUUAGAAACUUCUUAGUAGAAGAUAUAAAGCGCAUUGCUAAGGAGAACCCCAAGAUUGAAUUUGAGAUUGUCAAAGAGACCGGCCACCCAGUUAUCAAGGGAGAGUACGUGAAUGGCAAGGAAAAGGUCAUCUGUGUUCGUAACUACGAACCUAGCAAAAUUGCUGAAAAGAUCAGUGUGCUAGCCAACAGUAGUGGCAAGAAAUUACAAAACUACACGCGGUCAGUGGAGAGCAAAAACCCAUCUGUUCGUGGCAUCUGGUCUCCUUUCCAUGUUGGCCAGGAGUUCAGAUACAAAGUUUAA